CGAAACAGCUCUUCAGAAUAGUAAAAUUUAUAAAUAACACUUUGAAGUAUGUUGUUAUAUGUAAAUUGUUUAAAGAAAACUUUCAGUUCGUAUUUUAAACGAUGACUACUCUGGAAAGAAGUUAAUCGAAGUAGAUAUCUGUUGCGUGUUUUCUUUGUACGUCAGUGUACAUGUUUAUGUUUAUCGCGUUUAGUGUGUUUAUUAUGAUACAAAUAUGAUGAACGUAGAAAGUAUUAAAUCCAAUUUAUUGCCAGAUGUAAAGCCAGCGAAGAACAAAUCACCGGUCAACAGCCCAGAGAAGGAUGCCAAUCCUUCGUAUACUUCUAUGAUAGCUCAAGCUAUCAUGCGAGCACCUUACAAACGAGCCACACUUUCAGAGAUUUACGACUUUAUGGCGAAAACUUUUGAUUUAGGAAAGUCACGUGGCGCAGGUUGGCGCAACUGCGUUCGGCAUACGUUAUCUUUAAACGAAUGUUUUGUGAAACUACACCGACCGGAAAACGGGCGAAGCUGUAAUUGGACUGUCCAUCCGUCAUAUUUUGACGCCUUUUUAAAGGGUGAUUAUCGCAAACGGAGAGCUAACAGAAAGAAAAUACAAUGGCUAGAGAAUGGGCCACUACGUUACGACAACGCCAUGUCUUACCUUCGGGAGCAGGAAUUAAGUUUUCGAGAAGAAGAGAUGAGAAGAAUGGAAACUCCUUCCCCACAUCAACCAGCUUUGUGGCAAAAUUACAGCACACAGAUGGAGAGCUCCCUUCCUAAAACCCACUUUUCUCCUGUGCCAAAUAUGUCAGUCUACUAUAAUGAUGUCAAUAAUAGAAGCAACGCAUUGCCUUCAACCACAUGCGCGUCAACUAAUCGAAUUAAUUCCUUUCAAAAUUCAACACCAGGGUAUGACACUUACCCCAAAAGUAGUACAAAUUCACCUGCAAUGUAUACAAGCGAAAAAGGCUUAAAUCCGCCCUCGAUGAUGUACCAAGAUUUAGUUUUGCGUGACAAUCGAAAUCAUUCGAAUAGUAGCAUCGAUUUGUCUUCGUUUAAUCGCUAUUCCUCUAGUAGUCUACAUCAUAAGUGCGCAAGUUCUCAAAGAUCAUACCAAGCAAAUGGAAGUGAUUUAUUUCAAUCGUAUGAAAUCGACUCAAACUGCUAUUCUAGGUUGCCAGCCAAACCUUAUAGAAACUAAAAAAAAUUAUUAACCGUAAUUAAUAGUAAAUUUUUAAAAAAAACAACGAUUUAAUUUUUUAACUUAUAAUAUUUGCAUAUGCAGAUUGUUGAGGUUUUUUUGUAUGCUCUUUUAUUGGAGUUAACUAAGCUAUUUAGGUUGCAUUUAUUAUUUUUUACCAGAAUCAGAAAGCUUAUC